GAUAGAAAAUCCCUAAACGCUUAAAAAGUAAAAAGUACCCAGCAUGUUAUGUUAUUAAACAAUCCAACACUUUUCAAUCGAUUUAAGUCAGGAGGUUUUUCGUGAUUUAAAAUGGGUCGUAGAAAAUCGAAAAGAAAGCCGCCAUCGAAACGUAAAGCGAUAGAACCUUUAGACCAACAGUUUAAUUGCCCAUUUUGUAACCAUGAGAAAUCCUGUGAUGUUAAAAUGGAUAAAGGUCGAAAUGCUGCUCGGAUAACAUGUCGAGUUUGUCUGGAGGAUUUCCAAACAACAAUAAACUUUUUAUCUGAACCUGUUGAUGUUUAUAACGAUUGGGUCGAUGCUUGUGAAUCAGCCAAUUAAAUGAAUUACAUUUU